AUGGCCCAGCUUUAUGCUGACCUGAGGUUUGCCAAGGUGAUGGGAGGCCGGAGCACAGCCAGCCAGGCACUGGAGGCAGCCUUCAGCAUGAACGAGGCAGAGAGCCCCUACGAGAGCAGCCAGCCAGCACUGGAGGGAGGGUGCUGGUCCCGUCGGUGGUGCAUCCCUGUGGGGCUGCUGACAACUUGCCUGCUGCUGGUGGCCACCGUGGCCCUGGGGACUUGCUACUGGCAGGUCACCCGCAGCCUGCAGGACUCCUCCCGUGAGCACAAGGCCGAGCAGGGCCGCCUGUCACAGGAGCUGAGGGCGCAGGAGCAGAGCCUGGAGCAGACCCAGCUGGAGCUGGCGUGGGCCAGAGCGGAGCUGCAGCGCGCGUGGCACGAGGGCAACAUCAGCCAGCUGGAGCUGGACAGGCUGAGCCUGGAGCUGCGCCGCGUCACGGGGGUGCUGGGCAGGACAGAGAGGGAGAUGCAGGAGGUGCAGGGGAGGCUCAACAGCAGCGAGAGCACCGUGGCCCUCCUGCGCUCCUGCACAGCCAUAGAUUGCUGCCCUUCGGGCUGGCUGCUGUACAGGGGCAAGUGCCUCUUCAUCUCCUCGGAGAAGAAGACGUGGGAAGACAGCAGAGAUGAGUGUGAGAAGACAUAUUCUCAGCUCCUGGUCACCAAAUCCUGGAGUCGUUGGACUGUGCCGACCUUUCUGAAGAAUGCAGAUGUCCCAUACUGGAUUGGAUUGCAGAAGGGCAGUUUUCCCUGGUAUGACUAUGGCUGGCUGGAGGAAGAGGACCCAGACAGCGAGGGAGGCUCUGAGGCUUGGUUCUGGGUGGAUGGCUCCCUUUAUGAAAGGCCGUGGCAGUCAAAAUCGAACGGAACCUGUGCCGUAAUAAGCCGUGGGAGCAUCAAACCCGAGCAGUGCACUGGUCCCAGUGACCUGCACCUCUGGAUCUGUGAGAAGGCAGCAGGGCCAAGCCUCCCUUUCAAGUGA